UGUUUUCAGUUAGCUACCAGGGUAGAGAGCAAGCGACAGAGAGAGACAAAGAGACAGAGGAGAGAGAGAUUGCUCAGCCUUUGUGAGAGAGACUGAAACUGCAGCUCCUCUCUGCUCCAUUCCUCAUGCUCAAAAUGCUUCCAUUUACAUCACCGUGUGCGAUGCAGGGCAAGAGGGACUGCCAGGAAAUUUGAAACUAAUUUGCUUCCAGUUGACUAGAACGGCAGAAAUUGAAUUAGCGAGUCUCUUUCUAACUAACUUUACUCAAGCGUUAAACUGAUGAUCUGGGCAUUUUCUUUGAUCAAUGGGUAACUGCUGGAGCUACAGCAAUCUCUGUGAUCAUGGAGGUAGCACUUUGCUGCCUCCCAAUGUCACCAACGAGUUUCCAGAGUAUGGGACAAUGGAAGAAAGUGGAGAAGCAUUAAGGGUUUCACUUGAGUUUGAACCAGAGACUUUACAAUGCCGUCCUAGUGGGCAAGAAGGGGGUCAGCUCUUGGUUGGCCCCCAGCAUCGAUUUGGCAGUGUUGCAGAAAGGCCAGAAUGUGGGCUGGAGGGAACCUCAACGAGACACCUCAACAAACGAAGUUUACAACCCAUCGACUCACUGACUCCGGCUCUGAAAGCUACAGAAAUAAACCUAGCUCCAGGAGCGUUCCCAGCUACAAAGAUCCUGGACGUAGAUGCCGUUUCUGUUUUUCCAGCCAAGCAAAUGGAAAAAGGGUUGGAAACUGCCAGUAAAGAAACACAAGGAGCCAAUAAACCGUCUCUUGCUGGCCAAGAAAAAACACCAGAAAUACCUCUCCCAGCUGAAGUAACAGUUGAGGAAAAUUUUUACUUGCUCAUAGAAAAGGAUCUGGCCGCCUUGUUAACGGGGGAAACACAGCCAAAGUUGUUGCAGGUCACCAAUGAUGAGAACGGGGAGGCGCUCAGAGAGAAGAGGACAAUCCGUCCGACGCCCUCUGUGGAGACUGCCACGCUGGAACACAAAGUUGAGGGCACCCUUGGGGCCAUGGGCGACGGAAGGUUCGAGUACAAGAAGGAGCCUCAGGGACGUGAUCCAAGCAGGGCCCACAGGCCUCGUGAGAGCGUGGUCUCCACAAGUCGUCCCGCCAAGAACAAACAUGUUGGCUUUCAAGGGGUGGAGAUUCUGAGGACAGGAGGGGAAAAGGGAGAAACGAGACACAAUGCAGGAGAGGGAAUGACAGCUCCUGUGGCAAGAAAGGAGUUUUCCAAAGGGUCCAGCCAUUGCAUUCCACGUGGAAUUUUCCCAGAGUCGGUUGGUGUGACGGAGGCUGUUUGGGAUGAACCUUGGCAAGGUGUUACAAACAGACCUGGAACAAGCUCAGGGAAAUCUUUUCCGUCAUUGCUGGUUGAAGGUGGGGAGGAAGAGGCCUUCCUGAAGGAAAAUAAGAAGCAUCUUGAGACAAAGGCUGUGCCCGAGAGAGAAAUGGAAAGGCUUACCCAGGUGGAGAAAAUGACCAAAGGAGAAGAAGAUGACAACGUACAUAGGUACACAGAGGACUCAACAGAUGUGUACAGCUCACAAUUUGAAAACAUUCUGGAUAAUACUUCUUUAUACUACAGUGCAGAGUCACUGGAGACUUUAUACUCAGAACCUGAUAGUUAUUUUAGCUUUGAAAUGCCCCUCACCCCAAUGAUUCAGCAGCGAAUCAAAGAAGGCAGCCAUUUCCUGGAGAGGACCAUGGGAACAGGACCACAAGAUAUCCUCAGCGUUUCUGCCGACGGCGGGAUAGUAAUGGGUUACUCCGAGAUCACCAACGGGUUGAAUGAUACCGGUGAAACAGUCUUCAGAAAAGGCAUCCCUGAGGUUGCUCUCUGGGGAAGCAAUGCUGGGGUAAAAAGCCAUCUUUUGGAGACCAAUGUUGAGAUGGGUAGUACUGAAUUCCUGGAGAAGGAGAGCACUGAAAACAUCAGCAAUGGUACCAGCAGUAACUUGGAAGCCGCCAGAAGACUGGCCAAGCGCCUCUAUGAAUUGGACCGGUUCCGGCGUUCUGACGUGGCAAAACACUUGGGCAAGAACAAUGAGUUCAGCAAACUAGUGGCUGAAGAAUAUCUUAAGUUUUUUGAUUUUACAGGAAUGACGCUGGAUCAGUCUCUCAGGUGUUUUUUUAAAGCAUUUUCACUUAUGGGAGAAACUCAGGAACGCGAGAGAGUUUUAAUCCACUUCUCCAACAGAUACUUUCAGUGUAACCCAAACACCAUUUCUUCUCAAGAUGGAGUCCACUGCCUUACCUGUGCAAUGAUGCUCCUCAACACUGAUCUACAUGGCCAUAACAUUGGAAAGAAGAUGAGCUGUCAAGAAUUCAUCGCCAAUCUUCAUGGGGUGAAUGAAGGUGAAGAUUUCCCCAGAGGGCUGCUGAAGGCGCUCUACAACUCAAUCAAGAAUGAGAAGCUCGAAUGGGCUGUAGAUGAUGAAGAGAAAAAAAAAUCUCCCUCAGAGGGUACUGAUGAGAAAGCAAAUGGAACUCAGCCAAAGACAGUCAGUCGGAUUGGCAGUACCAGUAACCCAUUCCUGGACAUUCCUCAUGACCCAAAUGCUGCUGUGUAUAAAACUGGAUUUCUGGCUCGCAAAAUUCAUGCUGAUAUGGAUGGAAAGAAAACUCCAAGGGGGAAGCGAGGGUGGAAAACCUUUUAUGCUGUGCUGAAGGGAACAGUUCUUUACUUACAAAAGCAAGCAGAUCAAGCCUGUUCCUAUGGAUGGGCCAUAUAUUUGGAAAGAUAUUCAUGCAUGGACUGCUCUUUCAAAAAGGAUGAAUACAAACCAGAAAAGGCUUUGUCUGAAGAUGAUUUGAAAAACGCAGUUAGUGUGCACCAUGCUCUGGCAUCCAAGGCAACAGACUACGAGAAGAGACCAAAUGUGUUAAAACUGAAAACAGCCGACUGGAGAGUCUUGCUUUUUCAAGCCCAGAACCCAGAGGAAAUGCAAGCGUGGAUAAACAAAAUUAAUUGUGUCGCAGCUGUGUUUUCUGCGCCACCAUUUCCAGCAGCUAUUGGCUCUCAGAAGAAGUUCAGCCGCCCUCUUCUUCCUGCCACUACCACAAAAUUGUCUCAGGAUGAACAGCUGAAAUCCCAUGAAGGCAAACUGAAACAAAUUUCCACUGAACUGACUGAGCACCGCUCUUAUCCACCCGACAAGAAAGUUAAAGCCAAGGAAAUCGAUGAAUACAAACUGAAAGAUCACUACCUUGAAUUUGAGAAAACCCGUUAUGAAAUGUAUGUCAAACUUCUGAAAGAGGGAGGCAAGCUGCUCCUGAGUAGUGGGGAGAAUGAUGGAACAGGGCUGAAGAAAUCCCAUUCGAGCCCCUCCUUGAACCAGGAGUCAUCUCCACUUUGUGCCAAGGUCAAACGUAACGUCUCAGAGAGGAAGGACUACAGGCCAGAGACACCGAGCAUUAAGCAGAAGGUUACUUAGAAGUCAUUUGAUAGCAGGAGCACUGGUCAUGCCGCAAAAUAUUAUUUUUCAAGAUCUUUCUGAUAAUCUGUGGUUCAUAAAAAAACAACAAAAUGAGUCUGUGACUGAAUGGUGCGUUAGUAAUUUUUCUAUUGUAUAUUUUGUUUAUUUGUAUUCAGAUUGUCAAGAUUAUCGUUGCUCCUCAUUUUCUUUGCUUUCUUAAUUUGCUGUUUAACAAUGAAAGCACCUUUAGAGAGGGGGAGGGAGUGUAAUUUCAAACUAAGCUACACAUCCCUUUCCCUGUUGUUCUCUUUCAUUGCACACUGCUUUUGUCUUACAUACUUUUCAAGUCAGCUGUUACACUUUUUAAUGUAAUUCCUUGUGGAAGAAUUAGCUGGAUGAGCUUUGUAGCUUUAGUGAAUUCUAGCUCGAGUUAUGUAAGUCUUUGUUAAUGAAUUAUUGCACAGUCACAGAAGUGGAACUGACCACUGGUGGAGGUUCGGCAAAGUUCUGACCCUGGGAAUAGAGAUUUCCCAAAGCGACGUACCAAUGCAAACACCUUAGCACUUAUUGUAGAGUUCUGGACCCUGCCAGUAACAGGGAAAUAGAAAAUACAGGUGAAGGUGAAGAUUGCAAAGAUUGUUGGAUUGAGAGAACUAGCCUUAUUGGGGCCGUCAUUUCAUUGAGGAUAAGAGGAGAAAGGAAAGGGGGAGUAAUUUUUAUCUGUGAAGAUUGUAAUAAUUUAAGGGGAAAAAUGAGCUUGAUUUUCCAAUGAAAAGUGAUGGUGAUAACUGGCUGUUUGGGAGAUAAGUUGGCAAACAUUUGUUUCAUCUAUAAGGAAUAAUUAAUGUCAUCCUAAAUAGCAUAAACUCCUAUAGCCGAAGUGGAGAUACUUGUUUACUGGACUUGUUCUCCGUCCAUCUACAUGUCUCUCUACUGGGAAUCUGUUCUUUUUCAGUGCACUUUGUAAUCUGCAUAGUGGUGAGUAAUUUUCACUAAAUUUCCAGCACCCAUCCAAGUAAUGUUGUAAAACUACCUUUAUACCCAAGUUUAGAUCAAGAGCUGCUGAACUGUUGCCCAUGGAAACUUAUUUAAGCUCAUUUGUAUUUCAGUGUUUUGUAGGGAACAGCUAGAUGCAUCACUUAGCUCAAUACUGUUCCUAUUUCUCCUCUUCUUUAUCAGUAUUCAGGUUUUUUACUUUCUGUGGAGUCAGUGAAGUAAAGCUGAAGUUAUCUUUAGAACAUUAAUUGAAGCACAUUCUUCUUCCUAUAUCCAGAGUGAUUUCUAUCUUCCUGCCUCAUUCUCUCUCUCUUCGUUUGCAUGGACCCCUCUGUACAAUUUAGGAGAGCUGUAGGCCUGAAGAGCCUAUGCAGAACAAGAGAAGAAGAGGCUGAUAGGGAGGAUCCAGUGAGAAUUAGCACUGACUCCUUUUCACAUUAAGAAAGAACCUGCUUGUCUAAUUCUAGGCUCCAUAAAUAGAAAUACCUUGGAAAUAGUUAAGUCACUCUGAAUUAUUUUCUGAAGUUUUUUUUUUAGUUGAUUUUUUUUAAAACAUUUGAAGGUACUUUGACCAAAGAAUUAAAUGGUGUGCAACCUGGUUCCAGAAAAUUAGGGAAACUGGCAUAGGAAUAGUUCAAAAAACAUUUUGAGGUUUAUGAAAACAUUUUAAUUGCAGUUACCUAACAUUUAAGAUUUACCUCCUAUACCAAUUCAAAAAAUCACACAGCUUGACUUAUUAGACCAGAGGGGAGAAAAUCUCUACUCUUUGAGUUGUAUCUAUCCCUUCAUUUCACACAACUGAAAUCACUUUAAUCUUUAAGGUGCAGAUUGGCCACGGUCCAAUUCGGUUCAAGAUUUCAAACCUUGGGCUGAAGUAGCGUAGCUCUCAAGGUGAUGCUGGCCCAUGCACAAAACUGGGCCACCAUAGGCACUGACAGAAUUUUUAGAAGUGUCUAUUUGUAGUCUGCUUGUUUUCUGGGCACACAUUUAUUCCAUAAAUAGUAAGCUGAAAAGAGACAGGUACACGGGCUAGACUUUAUAUGGGCCUCAGUAACUGAAAAAAAGUAUAUGUACUUUUAUUAGUCUAUUGCUUCAAUAUGUGUAUGCAAACAGUAUGUCUGUGUAAAUGUAGUGUGUAUGUGUGCCUUUUUUGUACAAUAUAUAAUACCCAUACAUUUAAUGGUACAUUGUUUCAGUAUACUGGUAUUUAGAGCAGUCUUGGAAACAUUUUGCUAACAUUAACAGUCAAAUAUAAAAUUAUUUUUAGUAUUUCAAUCAUCAAUGUCAUCUCCAUUUACUUCUGAAAGAUUAUCUUAGUCACAUGGAUUAGAACAGCAUAUUUCUGUACUUUUUGGCUGCUCUCUUACUCUGCUUUGUAUAUUUUGAAAAUGGAUGAGUACAGAAAUUGCUUUUGUGAUCCAAAGUUAUAGCUGGUUAUCAUAUUUAUCCAUUGUGUGAGGGUGGGUCAAGACUGCCCUUUCUCUCAUCUCUUCCUGUUGCCCUCUGAAUUGCACCAGAGUUAGAUUCUCAUUUUAUGGUUCCCCAUAGAGGUACAUAGCAUGAGACUUUGGUCCAGGCUUGAUAAAAAUCUGAACCAGUCUUACCUCCCAUUACAUCUUUCCAAUAAUCCUUUGACCUCUAAGCAAACAAAGGAGAUUGGAUAGUCAAUUCAGACCUCCUCUCUAUGUGCUGCUUACUUCACGGUACAAGAUUCUUCUCCUUCUUUUCUUCUGCUCUGUAUUUGAGGUACAGUAUUCCAGAUCCAUCUACUAUCAGUGCUCUUGGCUUUAGUCCACUUCAUUUUAGUGUGUAGGGAAGAGGAAUCUUGAUUUGUUAACUUCAGGUAAAAUCAGGUCUGAUUCUGCAGCUCCAAAUCUUCCUUUAUUGAUAUGGUUCAAAAUAACCCAUAUUGAAAGUGGUUCAGAAAUGAAAACAGGCCAAGUAUUUUUUCCUCCCACAGGGGUUCUUUUAACAUACUGACUUACAUCUACAGGAAAGUGUUUUCACUUUUGUUGGUAAUCCCUAAAGAGAAUACAUGUAUACUGUUUAUUUUUCAGAUCACAGAAACAAGGCCAAUAUUCUAACUUAACUUUAUAAAUGUCCAAUUUAGCGAAGUGGUACAUGUGUACAUUUUCAUUUGUUUGAAUCAAACAACAUGGAAAGCAGGUGGGAUGUCCCCAUGACAGUAUUUUAUUAUGCUGUGUUGUAAUUAAAGUGUCCUCCUCUUGUUAUGGUGGGUAGGCUGCAGAUGGAUUCUGCUAGCAAACAGAAGUGCUGUCUUUCCCAGUCUCUGAAAGUAUGGGAGGAAUCCGACUAAAUAGGACUAGCUAACCUAGGCCCUGUAAUUCUCACACUUCUGCUUAAACUUUAGCAUCUCAGUCCAAGAUGGUAAAUUGAGGACUCUACAAGAUGAGACCCUGCUCCAUUCUCUUUGGGCAAUCUGGUGUUCUUUUUGUCAUCCGUGGCCAGCCUGAGGAUGGAAAAAUUUCUGAAGUCAAAUGGAGCCUCAGAGUCAUAAAACAACUCUAAUGCAUGCAGGGUGGGGUGAAGCACCAUUCCCUCUUUACUGCCCCACAUGCACACGAAGAGUAGGCACAAUUUUCCUUUGCCCACCCUUGGAAAGUACCAAGAAGAAGAAGAUCAGAGUGAAGGAUGUCUCCACUUAAAACAUGAAGUACCAUACCAACUCCAUCUGUAGUUUAGCACUAGAAGAACUUCCCCUUCUUCCUCUUUUGAGUUCUUCCAGCUGCCUACUGAGGGAUAAAGCUUUUCAAAAGUUUCCCUUCAUAAUUACUGAAAAGAGAAAUAAUUCUUAGGGCUUAAUUUGCUAAGCAGCUUUUACACUCUUUUUCCAUCCCCAUCUUGAUUUUCUCCAUUUCCCAGAAGCUGGAGUUGCCCAAACUGUGAGGACUGAGAUUCUGACCUACUCUAGCUUGGAUUCCAGGGAAACUAGUUGAAGCUUAUUGGGACCACAUUACCAGCUUUCCUAGCCAACUGAUCACCUCCUUUUCACCCAGGCACAGAACUCCCCAUUGCAGUUUUCUAAAUAGAUUAGAUUGUUUUAUUUUUUUUCCAAGUGAGCAAAACCCCUACUAUAAAACGAAGCACAAAAAGUGAAGGCAUCAGCUCUUACAAUUAUAAGCAAAAUAGUUUACUAGUAUUAUUAAUAAAAUUAAUAAUUAUGAUAAUAGUAAUAAUAUAACUUUGACUUUCUCAUGUUGGUCUCUUCUCCAAAGAACACUAAUUCACAGUGACAGUAAAUCCUGAAAAGUUAGAAAUGCUUUGGGGAAAUGAGGUGUAAAUGGCAUGAGAAUGACACUGACUUCUUGAAAUCUUCCUUGUGUCCCAACUGCUUCUGGCCCAUUGCCUAUUGCACUUGCUCCAUCUGCAUCCCCAGUUUCAAAUGCCAAUACAUCCAAACAUAUAGCUUUAUGGCCCACUUUUUUUAGCCGUGCUGUGAAUAGAAACAGAGAGACAGGUUCAGAUCUCCACACUGGCCCCUCUAAUUGUUACUCUUUCCUUGAUGACCAUAUUAUCCGAGGAUUCGAGCAACCCUAAUAACUUUCUCAUCAUUGAGCUAUGAGGCUUGUCUCUUUUUAUACACAAAAGUUGGCCCAUUCUCAUGGAGAGAAUUUCAGUGUAUACUUGAACCAUCUUGACUGAUAGUCAAUGUUAAUAAACAAGGCAGAAAAUAUUACAAGAUGUAUAAAUACAGAGUAGAUAGUGUUUCUUGGGUCCUUGUGUCUCAUUUAUGGUAACUCGCGUAUCUAUAGUAACCCAGAAGUUUGGAGAAAAACAUUCACAAAUACAGUAUAUAAAAUGUUAGAGAAGUUCUGCCAUCUGCAAAUGCUGUAUUCAUGUGUAUAUAUUCAUAUGUGUGUACCAAUGUGUGGAAUGUAUCUCAAUACACGGUACGUGUUCACAUCAGCAAGACUAAUUUUUUUGGUUUUCUCAACUAGUGUGAUCAGAAAAAAUAUGCUUAAAAAGUUCAAAAUAUAAUUGAGUUAUUGGGAGUGAAUAGUAGUAUGAAAUUGGAGUUUUUAUGAUAUUUUACAUUAGAAAAUUUACUCUGCUUUCAAAUGGCAAAAAAUCUUUUAACUACUCAUCUCAAACGAUCACUGUAUUCCCUAUCUGGUACUUGGAAGGUCCCUUGUUAUUUGAAAAGUACAGGAAGAAAAAAAGUACAUCCACUUUUGACAGUGAAGUAGAGGAUUAGAAAAAGGCCAAGCUGAAAAUUUUAUUGGGUUUAUUACAAAAUAAGAUUCUUAAAACUCAUCUUUUUUCUGUAAUUCAUCCAGGGAAAGGUAAUUUUUUUUAGAAUUGUAGAGUUGAAAUGCUAUUUUAUAAUUUUGCCAUCUCUUUCAAUUGCUCUAGUGGAUAAUUUUUGGUUUAAAGAAAUUUCACAAGUACUUCACCAUUAAGUUUGACCAUCCCAAUGAAGAGGCUGCAUUCUUUAUGUUCACACCUGCACACAACUUAGCAUUUAGGAAAUGAGAUAAUUGUCUUGGAACUGGCUAUGGAUUAGGUUACAUGUUUGUUUAGUAUUUUUGUACUUAAGGUCUCUUAUCCUUCUGCCUUUCCCCAAAGAAGAGCCACUGGCCUUAGUGUUAGAACUUACUAUUUGUCUCAUAGUGCAUAAAUAGAUAUAUAAUCGGAGACUAAAUUUAUAUUAACUGGCUCGUUUGCUGUAUUUGAACUGUGAUAGGGAGGGUGUGUUUGUGUGUGUGUGUGCAUGUAUGUUUCCGUGGGGGUGUGUGUAUGUAUGUUUCCGUGUGUGUGUGUGUGCGCGCGCAUGCAUGCAUGUGUAUCCAGUUUGGAUGUCUGACCUUCUUUCAGUUCUAACACACUGCCAGGUUCUGAGUUGUGUCUGAGAGGUGGGUUUGGGAAGGCAGAAAUGUUUAGCAGGUAGAAAAACAGCCACUGUGGGUUCGUUGUUUGAGUUGUUUGUUAUUUACUAUGUGACUACAAACUAUUUUUGCAGAUUUAGCGUAGUCUUAAAUUCAUACUUGACAUGCUUUAGGCUAGCUUGAUGACUUGUUCUGCAAGAGAAGAUUCUCAAUUAUUGGUUCUCAAUAAUAAGAAAGAGUGGUAGAGCAGUUAGGUUUAGCUUUCAGCCUUAAGCAUUUUAAAUGACAAGACUUUUUUCAUGAAGCCGUAAAUGUUUUAAACCCACACAGCUGUUGGUUGUGUAUAAUAAUAUCCCCUGUUUAUGUUGGCUGAACCUGUGGUCAGUUGUUUUGUUUUGCUCUGUU